UUAUUUUUGUUCCAUAGAGAGAGGAUUUUUUGCUGAUCAUUAGGAAUACCAUCAAAAGUGUGGACAGAAAUGGCUACACUUCUCCUGUUUUCUGCAUUCUUGGCUCUCCUUGUUCUGGCCCGCGCCGAUAAUCAAUCAGGUUUCAUCAGCAUAGAUUGCGGGAUACCAGAAAACUCUAGUUAUACAGAUAAAAUAACAGGGAUAAAAUACGUUUCUGAUGCCGAGUUCAUCGACACUGGUGAACUCAAGGAUAUAUCGCCUGAUUACACGAACAGAUCGGCCGAGAAGCAAUUCUGGAAUCUCAGAAGUUUUCCUGAAGGCAUCAGAAACUGUUACACGAUAAGACUACAAGGGGGUGGGGAAAACAGGUACUUGAUCAGAGUGAGAUUCAUGUAUGGCAACUAUGAUAACAGACAACAACUGCCAUCAUUUGAUUUGUUUCUUGGAGUUGACCGUUGGGAUUCAGUUUCUCUGCAGAAUGCUUCCGAAACAGUAACAAAAGAACUGAUACAUGCCCCUCCAUUAGAUUAUAUCCAAAUCUGCCUAAUAAAAGAUGGACCUGGAGUGCCUUUCAUAUCAGCAUUAGAGAUAAGGCCUCUGAAUAAUGGCACUUAUGUAGCAGCAUCUGGAUCCCUGAAGCUCCUCGAGCGGUUAGAUCUCGGUUCAGAAAGCAAUAAAACUGUGAGGUAUCCUGCUGAUACCUAUGAUCGAAUAUGGUUGCCCUCAAACUUAAACUUAUCUAGCUCGAAAAGCAUUUCAUCUUCUAUUAAUUCCAUUAAGCGCAAUAGAUAUGAAAUUCCAGACAUAGUCUUGGCAACUGCAAAUACGCCGAAACAUGGCAGCCAACCCCUGGAGUUCGCUUGGCAAACUCGCAACAAGACGGAUCGAUCAUAUAUUUACAUGCACUUUGCAGACAUCCAAAACCUAACAACAAUGGAGUACAGAGCCUUUAACGUCAAUGUCAAUGGAUUCCUUUGGUAUGGGCCUUUGAAUCCUAAAUAUUUGUCAACUACCACACUGUUUGGCAGUAUCAGCAUGGCUAAAAAGGGAGGCACUUAUAUGUUCUCCUUCAAUAAAACUGAAAACUCAACUCUUCCACCCAUAAUCAAUGCCAUUGAGAUUUUUGUAGAACAACAAUUCACACAGUUGCAAACAACUCAAACUGAAAUUGAUGCACUGCUGAACCUAAAAUCAACAUAUAAUGUGAAGAAAAACUGGCAAGGAGAUCCAUGUUACCCUCAAAAAUACUUGUGGGAUGGUCUUGAUUGCAGUUAUAUUGAUGAAAGACAACCGAGCAUCAUAUCCCUGAACUUGUCGUGGAGUGGAUUGGCAGGGGAAAUUUCUUCCGGUAUAUCAAAUCUCACAAUGAUACAAUACCUGGAUUUGUCCAACAAUCGUUUAAAUGGCACAGUUCCAGAUUUUCUAGCUAAACUGCCAUCCUUGAGGGUUCUAAACCUGGAGAACAAUAAUCUCUCGGGGACAAUUCCACCAGAACUGAUCCAAGGAUCGAGAAAUAGAAACUUUUCGUUGAGAGCUGGAGGCAACCCAUUUCUUUGCCUAUCAGAAUCCUGCCCUAGAAAGGAGGAGAAGUAUGUAGUUCCAUUGACAGCAUCACUUGGUGGAGUUAUAUUAGUAUUGUUAAUCGGAGGCGUGAUCUUUCAGAUUCUAAGAAGACAGAAGAAGAAAGUAGCUUAUGCAGGGAAUCAGAUCUCUGGGAGUGAAAAGAGUGGCAGGACGUUAGUAGUGCCCGAGAAAAAACGGUUUACCUACUCGGAAAUUUUAAGCAUCACAAACAAUUUUGAGAGGGUUAUAGGGAAGGGAGGAUUUGGAACAGUUUAUCAUGGUUGCUUGUAUAGUAUCCAAGUUUCUGUGAAAAUGCUGUCCCCUGCAUCAGUUCAAGGCUACAAGCAAUUUCAGGAAGAGGCACAAUGGCUUACUAGAGUUCACCAUGGAAACUUAACUUCCAUACUUGGAUAUUGUGAUGAAGACACUCACCUAGGACUGGUUUAUGAACACAUGGAAAAUGGAAACUUAGCUGAUCAUCUAUCAGAAAAAGGCAACCAUAUCUUGAACUGGAAAGAGAGACUGAGAAUCGCUCAGGAUGCAGCACAAGGGUUAGAGCACCUUCAUUUUGGCUGUAAGCCACCAAUUAUUCACAGAGAUGUUAAGUCUACAAACAUCUUACUAGAUGGAAACUUCCAUGCCAAAUUAGCUGAUUUUGGGAUGUCAAAAACCUUCCAAUUAGGAGACGGAGCUCAAGCAUCUGCAGCUGUUGGCACCCCAGGAUACCUUGACCCAGAGUACACUGUGACAAACAAGUUAAGUGAGAAGAGUGACGUUUAUAGUUUUGGGGUGAUUUUACUUGAAAUUGUCACUGGUCAGCCAGCACUAACAAGAAAUCAGGACAAGACCCAUGUCAUUGAAUGGGUUAGUUCAGUGUUUAAAGAAGGGGAAAUCAAUAAAAUAGUGGACCCAAAAUUAGGAUUGGACAUUGGUAACAGUUCUAUUUGGAAAUUUAUUGAUUUGGCAAUGACCUGUGUGUCUUCAUCUUCAACCACAAGGCCAACCAUGAACCAGGUAGUGAUGGAACUGAAGGAAUGUUCGGCUGUGUUGGAGAAUUCCCAGGAAAACAACCGACGAAUCAGUUCGAGUCUUGAAUGUGUCCAUCUGGCUUCAUUCAUCACGAAUUUUCAAGAAAGGUAGCAGAAUUUUCGUGGAAGCAACUCUUGUUGAUUAUUCCCUAAUCCCUCAUGUAGUUAAAUACCAAUCUUUGUUAUUCUAAAUAAAGAAAAUAAAAGGCAAAUUUAUCGCA